AUGAGCUUCUCUAUCGAAGUCCCCGGCGAGGCUAAUCCGCUGAGCUUCGAAACUCUUUGUCGCGCCCUCCUGGGAGCAUCAUCGACAGAAUAUGCACAACGGCAAGCCGCGGGGCAACAGCUUUUGGCUUGGAGUGAAAGCGGCCAGCCAGGUUACUAUUCGGGACUUCAGACAGCUUUUCUCGACCAGUCUCUCCCUCUUGACGCUCGCUUCCUCGCCAUCAUCCAGCUAAAGAAUGGAAUUGACCGAUUGUGGAGAAUAUACGCCCUGACGAAAGCCAGCAUCCAACCAGGGGAAAAGGCUGCCAUUCGCUCACGUCUUUUUCAAGGAACGGUUGGCGAGCCAGAACGCAAGCUGGCCUUGCACAAUGCCCUGGUCAUCGCCAAGAUUGUUCGCAUCGAUUACCCGACUGACUGGCCCGAUGCUCUCGCCAGCAUCAUUUCUUUACUGCGCUCCUCCAAAGAUGGCAACCAACACCACCUGCAUGGCGCUCUCGAAAUCCUGCUUCGAGUCGUAAAGGAACUUGGUACUGCGCGCUUGCGGAAAUCCCAGACCGCCCUUCAGUCUGUCACUCCCGAAAUAGUCUACGUUUUGUCCGAGAUUUACGCUGAAAAGUCCAACAUAUGGGUCUCUUAUCUCUCUUCUGGACAGGGCAAUAAGGAAGAAGCAACUAUCGCUAUGCGAAAUAGCCUUUCAGCAAUUCGGACUCUUCGCCGCCUCGUAGUUGUUGGCUACGACCGGCCGCACAGUGACUCGACUGUCGAACAGUUUUGGAUGUUCUCUCAGAACCAGUUUGGCCAGUUUCUCUCCUUUGUCAAUGACGAUAAUGCCUCGAGUGAGAUGGUGGGCAAGCACCUACUUCAAUUUACCAAGCUCCAUAUCGACAUGGCCGAACAACACGCCGCUAGCUUUGCAUUUUUGCCCAAUUCCAUACCCCUCGUUCACGCAUAUUGGGAUCUGAUUUCCAAAUUUGCAGAGGUCUUUGACACGUCUGGGGGUAUUCGUCAGAGUCAAGACGAUGUCAAAGCAAAGGCCGAGGGCCCCCUCCAGGAAAGACUUGCGCUCAAAGGCCUUUUGCUCUUGCGUGCAUGCGUUAGGGCUGCCUUUCAGCCGUUACAGACGUUCAAGUAUCGCACGCCAGAGGUCAAAGAAGAGCAAGAUCGUGCGCGCGAUAUUAUCAAGACUCAGCUGCUGAAAGAUGAGCUGGUUGUCCAGAUUGUCAACGCCAUUAUCACUCACCUGUUUGUAUUUCGCAAAUCUGACCUUGAGGCGUGGGAAGAGGAUCCUGAAAACUGGGAGCAGCAGGAACAGAGCGAAGGCAAUGCCUACGAAUGGGAGGUGCGCCCAUGUGCUGAAAAGCUUUUCCUGGACCUUCUUACGAAUUACAAGAAGCUCCUUAUCCCCCCUUUGUUGCAAUAUUUCCAGAGCGCGCAGAAUCCCCAGGCGGAUAUUGCCACCAAAGAGGCUAUUUAUACCGCUAUGGGUCUAUCAGCCGCUCAUGUUGUCAACUCUUUCGACUUUGAAGCAGUCCUGUCCUCAACUCUAAUUCGUGAUGCACAGCAAUCGGGUGGUCUGUUUCGAGUCCUCAGACGCCGUAUCGCCAUUCUAAUUAGCCAAUGGGCACCUGUCAAACUCUCAGACUCAAGCCGACCAGUCGUGUAUCAGAUCUUUCGUCAUUUCCUGAACCCCGAGGACGAGACAAAUGACAUAGUCGUGCUGAUUACUGCCGCUAGACAGCUUCGAUGGAUUGCCGAUGAGCUAGAAUUUAGUGUCGAAGCCUUCCUGCCGUAUACCGCGGAUGUUCUGCGCCAGCUUGUCCAUCUUGUGCAGAAUGUGGCGAUCGACGAAACGAAGCUUGCUAUUCUCGAAUCUGUUCGAAUUUUGGUUAUGCGCAUGGAGGAACAGGUGGCACAGUUUGGUGACCAGUUGAUGACUUCACUGCCCAAAGUGUGGGAAGAUUCCGAAUCGGAAGAGUACAUGAUCAAGCAACAUAUCAUUGCCAUCUUUGCCGCCCUUGUCAUGAGCAUGGGCAACGAAUCACAGCGCUACCAUAGUUUCAUGAUGCCUCUGCUUGGAGAAGCAGCCAGAGCAGGCUCUGACCUUCACGUACAUCUCAUUGACGAAUCUUUGGAGCUUUGGAAUGCGAUUUUGGAACAAAGCAAGCCUCCCCUAACCAAGGAAGUGCUCGAUCUGGCAGAUGCAGCACUUCCUCUCCUGGGAUAUCAACAAGAAACAGCUUCCGAAGCCAUGACAGCAGUGCAGUCCUACAUCUUACUUGCCCCCUCGGCCAUGCUCGAUGGUGAUAUGCGCACUGCUACACUCACUGCGCUUUCGAACGCUCUCACAUCAAAGAGUAGAGGGCAAGUUCGUUCUGCUACUGUGUGUAUCGAGUACCUGAUCCGCGCCGCUGCUGAGCUCGGAGGGUCUGACGGCAUCUCUGUCAUUAUUCGAGACAUGGUAGACAUUGGCUUUAUGCGAUUAAUCAUGGAAAACCUGCGCGACGCUUGGGAAGCCGCCCAGACAACCGGCCCGAACAGGAGGGUCAGCAAGUUGAACACGGUGACUGAGGGGGACUACUUUGCCAUUCUCUCGCGGCUGGCAUUAGCUGAGCCGUCCCUGUUUGUGCAGCUGCUGGCGUCUUUCGGCGCUUUAGAUCAAGUGUGGAACUGGUUGUCUGCCGAGUGGUUCUCGUACAUUCAUGAUAUGGAUAAUCUUCCUCGUCAGAAGCUACAUCUACUUGGCCUCACUCGAUUACUGGAGCUGCCUUCUCCGAUGCAGGAGCUGGUUCUCGGUAAACUGCAGGAUUAUUUUGAUAUGUGGGCGACGAUUUUGGCGGAGCUGCAAGAGGGCACUCCCAAUGGCCGUGACAUGUUGGUUGGAGACCUCGGCGAGCUAGGAGACGCAACAGAGUACGAUACCCCGAAGCGCAUCACGGAGCGACAGAUGGUGGCCAGCGAUCCUGUUCACACGGUUCAAGCAUCCGGUUUUGUUCGAGAGAGACUGCAGGACCUUGUUGGCCGCGCAGGCGGCGAGUCGGCGUUCCAAGAGCAGUGGGCUGUCAACGUGGACCCGGACGUGAUUACCAAGUUUCAGACUAUGGCCGGACUGGGUCAAUAA